AAAAUAUUUAAAUAUUAUAAAUUGAAUGAAAAUAAAAGAUAAGAAAGUCUAAACUGCAUUAUAUUUGGAGAUCAUAUCCGUAUGAAAGUAUCGAUAAAAUGAAUCCACCAAAGAAGUAUAAAGCUAAUACAACAACUGAUACAAGUAUGAAUCAAGAGAAAUUAUUGUCAAACAAAGAGUUUGUCCCUCUUGCUGAGCAAUUGAGGCCCACGUGCUUUGAUGAUUAUGUAGGACAAGAACAUGUUAUUGGAUCUGACACUGUGUUACAGCAACUAUUAAUAAAGGGACAUAUUCCUAACAUGAUAUUUUGGGGUCCACCAGGAUGUGGAAAGACAUCUUUAACUAAUAUCAUAUCCAAGUUAAGUAAAGAAAUGCAUGGAGAAAAAGUACGUAUUAUGAAUAUGUCUGCAACAUCAUCUGGUGUGAAUAACAUUAAAAAUAUUGUUAACACAGUAAAAAAGGGGCCCAAACUUAAUCAAAUAAUUGUAUUCAUGGAUGAAAUACAUCGAUUUAAUAAACUACAACAGGAUAUUUUUCUACCACAUGUUGAGGCAGGCACAUUUACUUUAAUUGGCACAACUACAGAGAAUCCAUCUUACAGUUUGAAUUCUGCUUUGCUAAGCAGAUGUCGUGUAUUUGCUUUAAAUAAGUUAACAACAGAAAAUACAUUGGAAAUUCUUUGUAAAGCAAUUUCAUCUCUUAAUGGAGAAAUAUAUAAUUCCUCCUCAAGUAGUACAAAGGAUAAAUUAAGCUAUAAUACCAAAUCACGUUUUUCCAUUGAUAAGAUUGUAAUUGAUUGGUUAGCAGAAGUAUGUGAUGGAGAUGCACGCGUUGCAUUAAAUGGUUUAGAAUUAGCAGUUAAAACAAAAGUAUUAAAUAAACCAAGUUCUUCCCAUCUUAUUUCAAUAGCUCUUGAAGAUGUUAAAGAAAGUUUUAAACAAGCACAUACAUUAUCCGAGAAGCAAAGUAAUAAUACCCAUCACUUAUAUUCUGCAUUACAUAAAUCGAUAGCAGCUGGUAAGGAAAAUGCAUGUUUAUAUUGGUUAGCACGGAUUAUGGCAGUUAAAGAAGAUCCUGUAGAUAUAGCGCGGAGAUUAGUAAGAAUAUCAAGCGAAGAUGUUGGUUUAGCAGACCUUGAUGCUUUAGGCAUUGCUGUACAUACUAUGCAUGGGUGCCAAAUGAUUGGUAUGCCAGAAUGUGAUGUACUUUUAGCAGAGUGUGUUCUAUAUCUAGCUAGAGCACCAAAGUCUCGACUUAUAUAUAAUGCCUUAAAAUCUGCAGAACAUAUUAUUAUGAAUCAUAAUGGUCCACAACCAACAGUACCUUUACACAUUAGGGAUAGAUCAGCACAAGGAAAACUUAACGCAAUUUUCGGUCAUAACGAGCAAAAUUUUAUACGUAAAGAGGAAAAUGUCAAAACUCACUUACCACUCGGCUUACAGCAUGUUAAUUUCUUUUCGAAAAAUUUCUGA